CAAACACUUAGAUUAGCAACACCUUAUUAAUACACACAUCUUUAAAUGAUAUUCUUUCUUGUUCGUAUUUUUGAAAUUUACAAUACUUAUUCGGCAUUAUCUCGUUUGUAGAUUUGCAGUUUUACUAACAUAAAUAGUAGUAGACACAUCAGGUGUCACAUACGCACUACUACAUACACAUCGGGUAUUCACAUACACACUACAAACACACACCGCUGCCAUGCUUGGCGGUCUUCAUGGCCGAACCGGAAAAUAGGCGGGACACAGCUCUUUUGAGAACUUUUCAGUGCAGGCAGUGAAUAUUGGAAGGCUAUAUUUAGGCUAUAUUAAGCCAGCGGUACACGGUGCUUGUUUUCGUGCUGGAGCGCUAUUCUGUACAUGUCUACCGACAAUUGUCGGUAUCGGUCAUUAUCGACGAACGUCGGUUGCGUGACCGACAAGAACGAUGCACACCUAUUCUCUACAUGGACACUACCGACAAUCAUCGGUGCAACCGACGAAUUUCAAUCGUCGGUUGACGUCACAAAUGGUCGAGAGACAGUCACGGACAAAAGUGAGAAUACAUCGUAAUUCGACCAAUCGCGUAACGAGUCUAUGAGAAAGUCCGCGAUUUUCAAGUUUUACAAACAUAACCGUAUUCAUAGAGUUGUGUAGAAAAAUAGAGAAGAUACAAGAGAAAGCAUCAUGUCAGAGAGUAGAAGUAGCACAAAAUAUCCAAAGGAUGUACGUAGGACAUAGGGACAUCCUUAGAAUCUCCUUACGACGUCCCCUAAACAUCUGUGCUGUUACUGUUAAAAAGCAACGUUCUUCGCGUGCAUCAACAUUGCAAAUUGAAGAUUUGAUAUCCUAUAUGGAAAAGCAUAGCCGUUUCACUGCCGGCCGGUUUAACGAAAAUGAGGGGAAACUGCAACUGCAGAUGCAGUGGGAUGAACUGUGUAAAAGGCUAAAUUCUCUACCCGGGCCAAAGAAGUCGGUCAAGCUGUGGCAAACUGUAUGGCGGGAUCUGAAGAGCGUUUCUUCGAGGAAAGCAAGCAAGUUAAGAGCUGAGCGCUUAUGCACAGGCAAUUUUCCAGCUGAAGAAGCCCCAUUGCAGAACAUUGAAUGCGUAGUGUCUGCAAUUGGUUUAGAUUAUUUUGAGGGAAAUGCACAUUGUCCUGAUAGUUGCGUGGAAGAUGAAAAUAUUGAACGACUUGAGAUGGAUGACGAAGAUCCCCUUUAUCAAAUCCCACAGACCCGCUCUUUACAUUGUACAUUGUACAUAUUUAAUGUAACAAUGUUACUGCAUAAUUCUUCAUUAUAAUUAAAACGUGGAGUUCCUGGCUGCUCGUGUUUCAAUGGAGUCAUUAACCACGGCUCCAGUCCAUACCCAUCAUCA